AUGGAGGAUAGUGAUGUACUCACAGGGGGCUUAGUUAGCAAACUGUAUUCCUUCAGUUCUGUUCGCAGCUGCCGUUUCUUUUGAUUACGUGUUAUUUACAACGCGGGGUACUACUUCUGAAUCAAUCGAGAAGAGGUGGCACAGCCACUGAGCUUUGGGAUGGCGUCAGACGGAGUUUCCCAAAACCAUGGUUCCAAGGGUAUCAUGACUUUUUACCCCACUGCUGAGGAAUUCAAGAACUUCAGCCGCUACAUUGCGUAUAUAGAGUCCCAGGGAGCGCAUAGAGCAGGCCUGGCUAAAAUUGUCCCACCAAAGGAAUGGAAGCCGAGAGGAUCUUAUGAUGAUAUAGACGAUUUGGUGAUACCUGCACCCAUCCAGCAGGUAGUGACAGGCCAGUCGGGCCUUUUCACACAGUACAACAUACAGAAGAAGUCCAUGACCGUCCGAGAGUUCCGCAAGACUGCCAACAGUGACAAGUUCUGUAGUCCACAUUAUGAUGACUUUGAGGAGCUGGAGAGGAAGUACUGGAAGAAUGUGACAUUCAACCCUCCCAUAUAUGGAGCAGAUGUGAAUGGAACCCUGUAUGACCCUGAAGUCAAAGAGUGGAACAUUUGCCAUCUGGGCACCAUUUUGGAUACUGUUGAACGGGACAGUGGCAUCACUAUUGAGGGUGUUAAUACACCCUACUUGUAUUUUGGUAUGUGGAAGACCACCUUUGCAUGGCACACUGAGGACAUGGACCUCUACAGUAUCAACUACUUGCACUUCGGAGAGCCCAAGUCAUGGUACUGUGUUCCUCCAGAGCAUGGGAAAAGAUUGGAGCGUCUGGCUAAAGGGUUCUUUCCUGGCAGUGCCCAAAAUUGUGAGGCCUUUUUGAGGCACAAGAUGACUCUCAUCUCUCCCUCUAUCUUGAAAAAAUAUGGCAUUCCAUUUGAAAAAAUUACUCAGGAGGCUGGUGAGUUCAUGGUAACUUUCCCCUAUGCCUAUCAUGCUGGUUUCAACCACGGCUUCAACUGUGCCGAGUCCACCAACUUUGCCACAGAGAGAUGGAUUGAGUACGGCAAGCAGGCAGUUUUGUGUUCCUGCCGUAAGGACAUGGUGAAGAUUUCCAUGGACGUAUUUGUGAAGAAAUUCCAGCCGGAUCGCUACGAACAGUGGCUCACAGGGCGAGACGCGGUACCCAUCGACCACUCACGGCCCACCCCCGAGGCCAGGGAGUUCCUGGGGGACUCUUUCAAUGACAUCACCAGCAACAGUAACAGCAGCUCUGUGGAGAGCUGUGGGGAGGACGGAGAGCGGAAGAGUAGUACACAGAGGAUAGAGACCAAAAGACAUAGGGUUUGUUUGGAGGUGCCUGAGGAGGUUGUUCCCAAGGAUGAAGAUGAAGAGGACGAGGAGCAGUAUGGGAAGCGUCCCAGGCUAAGCCUUAUACCUCCACGUAUGAUGCCACAAGAUGGCAAGAAAAAUAAAGGCCCACCAAAACUGGUUGUCACGCCGACCAAGCUCACUUUAAUGGAUCCGUUUCACAGGGGUUUGACCCAAAGUAACAGCGAUGGAGGCCGUCCCCCUCAUUAUACAAAGACUCGUGCACCUGCUAUCUCUUCUCAGUCCCAGGCCAGGAAUGGGCAUCUGUCGGUUUCAGUGGCUCCAACAUGGACAGAAGCCACAGCUCAGCCUGCACGUAAAAUGGGGGUAGCCAGUCUGCUCUUCCACAGGACUUUGAGUCCAAAAGACACUCUUCAGGUGCACAGCUACACUCUGGAAAAGCAGCAGCAACCUCACACACAACUCCAGGUGCACAGCUAUGCCAGAGAGCAUCAGCCACGUCACCUCCAGCACAAAACCUAUACACCGUCUCACACACAAGUUCAGUCCUCAUCUCAGGCCCCAAGCUGUGAACGAGCAGAGCCACAGCCAGAAUCUAAAAUCAUUCUCACCAAAGCACCACGGAAUGAAUCAGAAGCACAGAGUCCUGUGGAGGAGACCCAAGAGGAGGAAAAACCCAAAGUGUCAACGUCCAUUGAAGCUCAGGCUGAAGUAGAGAAGCCUGAAGUUGAGCCCAUCAGCAAGUCUGCUUCCUUCCAGACUCAACCACAGCCUAAAGAAAUGAAUAAAUUGGAGACAGACGCCCCCAAGAAUAACAAGCGAAAGAGUAACCAAUGCCCCCUUGCGGAUAGUGGUAUUAUCAUCUUGAAAGACACCAUUCCUGUCAUGAAACCACAUCACAGUGAGAUGAAGGUGAUCGCUCUGAAUCAUCACCAGGUAACAGAAGAGCAGUCUUACUGCAAGUCAGUGGUGAAGAAGCAACAGCAGCAGGAACAGCAGCAGGAACAGCAGCAGCAGCAGGAGGAACAGCAGCAGCAGCAGGAGGAACAGCAGCAGCAGGAAGAGCUUCGUAAGCUGCCUCGCCACCACCCUCUAAUCAGAGAAGCGCACAGUGAUGAUGAUGUGCAUGUAGAAGCGGAGGUUGAACAAGAGGAGAAAGAGGAGUGGGCAAAGCCGCUAACCCAGCUGUGGCAGUGCCGACCACAUAACCCUCAGGCAGAGAGGGAGUACAACAGGCGCAUGGGUCAGCAGGCCCCUUACUGCUCCAUCUGCCUGAUCUUCCACACCUACCAUCAAUCCGAGUCCAGUAGUGGGAGUUCCAGUAUGAUGUUGGUGAACCGUCCAGGGGGCCACCAGUGGUCCAAACCACUCAUCCCAGAAAUGUGUUUCAACACCCAAACCAGCAAGACGAAUGAUAGCGGGGAAGGACAGCUGUCUAACCCUCAUGUAGCAGAGGACGGGACCAGCCGGCUCGUCAGCUGUGCUCAGUGCUGCGUCCGUGUACACGCCAGUUGCUAUGGUUUGUCUGGUGAUGAAGCAGAGCGGGACGAUUGGCUGUGCACCCGCUGUGAGGCUGAUGCCAUCACUGAGGACUGCUGCCUAUGUUCGCUGAGAGGUGGUGCUCUGCAGAGAGCCAACAAUGACAAGUGGGUUCAUGUCCUGUGUGCCAUCACCGUGCUGGAAGCUCGCUUUGUCAACAUCACUGAGCGGAGCCCUAUCGAUCUCUCUGCCAUACCACUGCCACGGUUCAAACUGAAGUGUGUGUACUGCAGGAAACGGAUGAAGAGGGAAGUGACGGGCUGCUGCGUCCAGUGCUCUCACGGGCGCUGCUCCACGGCGUUUCACCCUACCUGCGCUCAGGCAGCCGGUAUCCUCAUGCACCCAGACGACUGGCCGUUCGUAGUCUUCAUCACCUGCCACAGACACAGAACCCCCGUCAUACCUGAGCGCAACAAGGCAUCCAUGCGGGAGUUGGCAGUGGGGCAGAAGGUGAUCUGUAAAUACAAAAACGGCCGUUACUACCACAGUGAGGUGGUGGAACUGACCACAGCCACCUUCUACGAGGUGGUGUUCGACGACGGGUCCUACAGCGACAACCUCUUCCCUGAGGACAUCGAGAACCGUGACUGUGUCCGUCUCGGUCCACCCGCCGAAGGUGAUGCUGUUCAAGUGCGGUGGACAGAUGGGUUGAUAUAUGGAGCCAAAUUUGUAGCAUCACACUCCAUCCCCAUGUACCUGGUGGAGUUUGAGGAUGGAUCACAAAUCAGUGUGAAGCGAGAAGACAUCUACACUCUAGAUGAGGAUCUGCCCAAACGAGUCAAGUCACGAAUGUCGGUGGCGUCAGACAUGCGUUUUGAGCUCUUCACACAGAACGACGUCAAACAGAACUCCAAGAGGCAACGGGUCAUCAACUCUCGAUACAGAGAGGACUACAUCGAGCCCGUCAUAUACCGAGCAAUCAUGGAGUAACGUCCACUUCUUUCGCCUCCUUCUUUCCACCACUUCUCCUCCUCAUCGACUCACCACAGAAAGGCUCCUGGUCUUCUCUGUUUCUGGCUACUGCUGAUAGGAACGAUCACACCAUCCUCCUCUUCUUCCUCCUCCUCCUCCUCCUCCUCCUCCUCUUCUUCCACGGGCUACAUAUUUAUAAACUACGGCUGGGACUUUAAAUGACCUGUGUGCAUUGAUUAAAUAUUCCUAGACCCCCGUUUGCCAUCAUACUCUGUAGAUGAUGUUUUCUUCUUCCGUUUCAUUUUGUUUUUUUUUUUUUUGUUUUUUUUUUCAUUUUCCUUUUUCUCAGGAAGAAGCCAUCAAUUGAUUAUUAAAUAUGGAAAAGGUUGGAUUAUCUAACUGGGACAAGAUGUUUUCUUUUUCUCUACCACCACAUUUAGCAGCUAGUAAACGCAGCUUUAAACAUUGGACGAUGGACAUUUUCUAGCAGUAAUAUUUCUUCUAUAAAUUAAAUUUUGCUCUUGACUUACAGACUUGCAUUAUUUUCAUAAUAAUUUAUCAUAUUAUUUUUUACAGUGCUUGGUGUUUGGGUUUUAAAGGAAGUGUGAUCUUGGGUCGGUUGUUUUUCACCCAUGAAGUCAAACAAAGGAAGAACCAGUCACUUUGAGCCAGACAGCUGUCGACUACCAUGAAAUAUUUGACUCUUCAGUUAGAUUAAGAAAGAACUGUGUUAAGUUAUAACCCCAAAGAAACAAAAGUCAUGUGUCAUUGUCACUUUUUUGACGCGUCUUCAAAUUGUACCGGUCACUUCAUGCAUUACAUUAUUACAGGGCUCACAAGUGUUUCCUGUCAUAAAAGUGACGACGUGCGUCUACUGUGAAGAUAGAAGAAAACUAGACGUGUUUUAGUGGCCCAAGCCUUACAUGUGAAAGGGCCAAGUGUACUUUGGUUUUUCUAAAGCUUAAGGUUUAAUAUAACUAUUGUAAUUAAUGUUAUUAUUACACUUUAUUUAUGCGAGUGCAUUACAUUUGAGAACAAAGCUAUUUUUGUCAUGUCCUUUUCACAAUCUGUAGAAAAACUCAGAUGUAUUUAUAUUUAUUAUAUUGAUAGGCUUUCAGACAUCCCGUUCCUAUUUUUUGGCUCACUUUUCCUUUAUUGAAUUUGAAGGUGUGAAUGAUGUGGCUCAAGUCCCUCUUUAAGCAAAAGCACUUCUUGUAACCUCCUUCCACAGGACAGUUUUCUUUUUCUUAGCAUUUUCUAGGCACAUGAACUCCACUUAGUUUAGAUUGUGUGAGUGUGUGUGUGUGUGUGUGUGUGUGUGUGUUUCUCAUAAAAGCUAGGUCUAGAGAUGAACAUUGUAAUCAGGUUAUAGGUUGAUCCCAAAUAAACAAACCCCCAAGAGGAUACAUUUUCAGACUUGAGCAAGUUUUCUUUCAAGUUGAGUCCUUUGUACCUUCUUUGGAGUUGUUUUUUUUUGUGUAGAGGAUUAUGAAAAGAUGCAGGUUUCUCAGGUGGACAUGGUGUGUGCAGACAUGUUUUAGCAAUGCCCAUUUCAUCUGUGCACUCUUUGUAAACAUCAACUGUUUGAGUAAAGUUUGAGCUAAGAAAAGAACCUUGUACAAUUUACUUUCUCUACAACUACCAGCACUUAAAAAUGAGCAGAUUAAGGAAAUCAGCUUCAGGCAGUAUUUCUGUAAGAACCAUUACGUCAUCUGCAUUUUUCUUUAACCUUUCUCAUAGUCUUGAGUGACUGAAUGUUGGAUGUCUCAGCCAGAGGGGCUGCAGCUGUGUGAAAGCAGGUUGAGUCUUGUGGAGACCACUGCUGGAAUAUGAUUAGACAAAUGGCUCCUGGUUCUCCAUGGAACCCUGGGUUGUAAGAUUGUGUCAGAUUUAUCACUUCAGACUAACGGAGUGAGUAACAAAAAUAUGUAAGAUCAUUUGUGAUAGUAAUUUGAAAACUAUCCGACACGUACUGGCAUGUAACCCUCAACUUUUUGCAUUCUAAUAUCUUUGUGGUUGUCCACUUGUGACGUUGUUGGCUGUUGUUCAACUAAACCAGUUAAAAAAAAACUGCAUUCCAUGAAAGCCAACCAAAUAUCACACUAGACAACAGACUGUUAGUCAGACUCAACUUCAAGGCCUUAUCAGUCUCCAAAAUGAAAACCGAUCUUUAGCUUCAGUCUUGACUUUUCAUCUGAUCACAGCGCUGAAGCACAGAGGUCACAGGAUGGAGGUUAAGAUAAGUUCAUCAUUUUGGUUCCUUAGAUGCAGGGAUCUAUAAUCGCACUUAUUACAUUCUGCUUGUUCUCUUUAUAAAACUCCCCUUUAAAAACUUAAAGGAGGCAUUUGCCACAUCUGCAUGG